AUGUCGCGACGGAACAGUUCUCUCUCCGAAGGACUCCUCACACGGCUUGUAUCGUUGCUGAUUAGUCACGGUCCGAGUGUGCGGACCAUCUUCUACUAUAACCCCGCUGGAACGGACUGCCACUUGGAGGAGUAUCUACGACCAGCCACUGCUGCGGAUAUACCAUUAUUUAUUUGGCGUUCGGUUCACACUGUUGUUCAGCUGAAUGGGCUCCUCGACGAGGGAUUCCUGGUGCUGGCCUGUUUGCCGGGAGUGCAGCGGGAGGAUCUGCUGAGAGGUCUGUCCAAUAGUUUGCGUUACUUGCGCCAGGCCUGGCUGCUCAUCGAGCUGGGGGGCAGGACGGGGCAGGACGACGAGCAGUUGGUCACGAAGGUACUGCAGUUCUGCCUUCGAAUGGACAUGAUCAAUGCCGAUGUGAUCUUGAGUAACUUUGAGGAGAGCCGGACUGUGUACGGCUAUGAGGCGUAUCCGGAGUUUGCAUUGAGGAAACAAUUCUUUGGACCGGACCUACUGAUCCCCAGCCUUUACCCCGAUAAGGUUCGGAAUCUUAAUGGCUAUCAGCUACGCACACUGCCGGAUCUCUCCGAGCCAAACACUCUCCUCUACUACGACCAGCAGGGUCGUGCCCAGAUUCUGGGCUAUGUGUGGAACAUGCUGGUGGAGUUCGCCCGCAAACACAAUGCCCAGCUGCAGCUGAUCGGGAAGCCGGUGCAGGGAAAGACCCUGAGCCACAUCCAGAUGCUGGAUCUGGCAAAUGACGGCCAGGUGGACGUGGCAGCGAGUGUGCAGCCCAUAACGAUGCGCUUCCUCGACCGCUACCACGAGUACGCCUAUCCCGUGCACUGCGCCAGCUGGUGCACCAUGCUGCCCAUGGAACGACAGCUGGAAGUCAGCGAGGUCUUCUCCUGGACAGUGCCCGCUCAGCCGCUUGCCCUGCUGGUUCUUCUGUGGCUGGUGCACGAGUUUCUGCGCGGACGCUGGCAGCGGCACAGGCGACUCCAAGCCGUGGGCUGGCUGGUGCUGGUCACUCUGCUCACAGCCAACUACCAGGGACGAGUGCUCAGCCUGCUGUUGGCGGCACCCACAGAUCCGCCCAUCGACAGCUUCCAGGCGAUGGCCAACUCCGAGCUGCAUAUCUUCGGAGUACGCUCCGAGUACGCCGCCUACGAUUUCGAUAUGCGUACGAGAUUCGCCAGCAUUUUCCGGCUCAGCAAUCUCGCCUCGGAUCUGAUCCAGCUGCGGAACUCCCUGAACACCACCUUCGCCUAUACGGUGACCAACACCAAGUGGCAGCUGUAUGCGGAGCAGCAGGCCCACAGCUCUCGGCCCCUCUUCCGCUACUCCACAGACCUGUGCUACUACGAAAUGGUGCCCUUCGCCCUGGUCAUUCCCGAGAACUCGCCACACCGCCCCACCCUGCACCACUUCAUGCUGCAGCUGGCUGAAUCCGGACUCUUUGACCACUGGGUGGGUCGGAGCUUCUACUACAUGGUGCAGGCGGGUCGCCUGCACAUACGGGACCUCAGCGAAGGGCGCCACAUCCAGCCGCUGUCCAGCGCGGACCUGGCCAAUGUUUUCCUGUGCUGCGGUGUUUGUCUCCUAAUUAGCCUCUGGGUGUUUGCCUGCGAGCUGCUUGUGCACCGGGCCAAGUCCUGGCUCGGCUUUUAA